AAUUUUCCAAAAAAAAAAAGAUAUAUAUAUAUUUGUCCUGUUUCAGACAUUAAGCUGUAAACAGAGUGAUUAAGAGGUGGUUUGGUGUGAGAUGGUUCAGAUCUCUUCACGGUGGUGGUGAUGGGAGCCAGGGGUCACCAUGACUAGUUUACAGCACAGGUGACUAUAGACGUUCUAUUUAGCAUCCAGAACCACCAGAGAACGUGUGAUGGUGAUGGAGAGAUGGGGACGGAUCUGAAAUGAUAGGUUUUCUCCAGGGUUUUUUUUUUGUUUUUGCCUCACAAGAUCCUGCAGGUAUCCCUAUGAUGAGUAGAUGAAAAUAAAUGGAUUAAAAUACGUUUUAGGCCAAAAAGAUCUGGUUCCUACCACCACCAGCUGUGACCUGUGAACAGUUCUGGCUCUCUAGAACGAAGCGAUUCGCACAUGAGUGAGUCCGUGUACAGCUCAACGGUGUAAUUAUACAGAGAACUUCGGUGGGGUUCCCCUUUAAAGCUGCAGCUGACUGGCUUACUAUUGCAGAGGGUGGUAACCAUGAUUCAUAAGGCUGGGAGCUGCAGCUGUGCACUGUGAGCUAGAUGUUCUAGAUAUAGUGGCUCUCGUUGCAGUUCUAACAUGGAGUUUGCUGUCCUGACGGCUCUGGGUCUGACGAGGACAGGUGGAGUCAUCCUGUCAGUCAUAUCUCACCUUGUCUUUACAGGCUGAGCGUGCGGAGUGCAAUUAUUAAAGGGCUGGUGUGCAAGCGCAUGGACAUGAUUUGCCAGCGCAUGCUCAACCAAGGCUUCCUCAGAGUGGAGCGCUAUCACAGCCUCUGUCAGAAACAGGUCAAGGCCCAGCUGCCAAGGAGGGAAUCGGAGAGGAGGAACCACUCUCUGGCCCGUCACGCUGACAUCUUAGCGGCGGUGGAAACGCGUCUCUCCCUGCUCAACAUGACCUUCAUGAAAUACGUCGACUCCAAUCUCUGCUGCUUCAUUCCGGGCAAGGUGAUAGAUGAAAUAUACCGAGUGCUGCGCUACGUAAACUCCACCCGUGCGCCGCAGAGAGCUCACGAGGUCCUGCAGGAGCUCCGGGACAUUUCGUCCAUGGCCAUGGAGUACUUCGACGAGAAAAUCGUCCCCAUCCUGAAGAAGAAGCUUCCAGGCGCGGAUCUCUCCGGACGUCUCAUAGGAUCUGCUCCUGUGGCCGGGCCGUCCACCUCGCUGACCACCAUGACGCUGCUCGCCAAGAACACGCCGUCUCGCUCGGAGAUGACCAAGGUGCAGCAGCAGGUGAAGGUGAACGGCGCCUCCAUGACGGCGCUGAGGCGCGAGAUGCAGGAGGUGCGGGCGAAGCAGCUGGAGCAGCAGAAGCAGCUGCAGGACCAGGAGCAGAAGCUGCUGGAGCAGACGCAGGUGAUCGGCGAGCAGAACGCCCGGCUGGCCGAGCUCGAACACAAGCUGCGCGAACUGAUGGAGAGCGCCGUGGGCGCCUCCGCCCCCUCCACCUCCUCCUCCGCACCGUCUUCCUCCUCGGCCGUGGUAGCGGUAGCAUCCACCUCCUCCGCCGCGGGCAGCCCGGUCAGCUCAAGUCCCGGGUCGGCCGAGGACGGCUCGUCCCUCAAGCGGCCCCGCAAGAGUUUGGACCUGCCGCGCCACUCCAAGCGCCUGCGGAGCAAGAAGUAGACGGACGUCUUUCAUUUAUUUUCCGUUUUUAUGGUUCCUUUUUGUUCGUGGAGGGUUGUUUUUCGCUUUCUCUCAUCGGUUUUGUUUGCACGCGCCCAUGUUCGGCGACGGCGUGAGACACGGACGAUACAGAAAGUGACGGGUAUUUUUUUUUUUUUUCCCCCGUUUUUACAUGUUUUAGUAAUUGCUACGUCGUCUCCAUAAUCAUACACUAAUAUGCCCGCAGCUCUUCAGGCGACGCUCGCCUUCCGUGUCUGCUGUCAUCCUUCCGAGUCGUCCGAGAGAACCUGAAGGUCAUUCCGAAGGCGUGAAAAGGAGAAGCCUGUAAAUUAGGCUGUAGCCAAACAUCGUACAGCCAAAAAAAGAGCAUGAUCUUCCCUCCCCCUGCAGCAUAAACUGCACUUGCAGCCAGCGGCAGAACAGCACAUAUGGAAUAUAUAUAUAUAUAUAUAUAUAUAUAUAUAAAUAUAAAGACAGCGACGUUAACAUGUAGCCUGUUGAGCCUCCCCAACAGCGUAUUGAGUCUAAAUCAUGUAUAGCAUGUGUUGUGAACAUUUCUAAUAGACGCCCUGCUUUAAAAAAAGAAACGGAGGAUGUCGUGACGUCUCCUGUCGAAUAGUUUAUUUUGUCAUACGGAGGAAAAAUAAGAACUUCAGUUAUGGCUUUUUUUGGAGUUCUGAAUUUGGAACGCACCUGAAGGAUAUGAUCAAAAUAGUGCUGCGACUGUAAGACCUUUGAUUAUCGCGUUUGUCCAGUUGCCGUCUGCCCGGCCGGUGGCCGGAGGUCAUGUAUAGUUAGUUCCGUGCUACGUCGUAGCUGCCACUGUUUCCGUGGUUGUCCGAUUGCUUGUCAGUGCAAUAAGAGCUGUGAAAAGCCUUUUCACUAGGAAGGUAAGUUAUUAAUGUUCUGGUUCACCUUUGCUUGUGAAGGACACGUCUGCCAGUCAACCCCCGUCUUGCUACUUUAUUUUAUUUUAUGUUUCAGUGGUUUUCAUGUAGCUCCACCAGCCAAGGCACAGUUUCAGCAAGUUGAGCUCUGGUAAAGGGGGGUACACCCUUAAAAAUGUUCUUUAGGGUUUUUUUUUUUAAGUAAAGAGUGGUUCUGUUUGGAACCAUGUUGGUGAAAUCGUUCUUCAGAUUGAUGGAAAACAUGUUGGGAAUGGUUCUGUGUGGAGGCUUUUUGAAAAUGGUUCUUUUGCAGGACCAAAAAGUGGUGGUUCUGUUGGAAGCUUGACGUUGUAACAGUAGCAGAAUAACUAUUGGAUGAUAUCCAGAAUCGUAUACAACAGUCUGAAGAACCGUUCCACCAUUUUAAAGAUGGUUCUACGCAGAACUCAUGGUUCCAAGCUGAAAACACUUGAAGAACCGUUUUUUUUUUUUUUGUUUGUUUUUUUUUUUGAGCAUACUUCAACCAAACCGUGCCACGCUGGCUGGUCCUGAAUGAAAUCCAGUGUUGUCAGUUAGUUUGUCCUGCUAGCUGACGUUCGCGUUCGUGAAACUGGUUGACGAUGGUUGAACUGACGCUUUAUUCUUCCUUGCCCGUGUCACCUUGGGCAUUUGUGCAUUUUCCAAGCUGAAGAAAGUCUUGGCCUGGGUCAUGACGCCUCAGGGUUGAAGAGUUCAGAAGAGUUCAGAAGCGGUCGAGCCCCGGAGGACGCUGGAGCGUUGGCGACGCCUGGGCCAACACCGAAACGAAUAGCUUUUCCUGUUCAGCUAUAAACGUUGACCGAUUUACAGAAGAGCUCUUUACAGUAAACUUGGUAGUCCUCAGUGGACUGGCUUCCCUGGAACACUCGAGGGACACGAGGCACCUGAGAACCUUUCUUUUCCUUUUUAAGAUACCUGUGCGUUCAUUUACAUGCUUCCUCAAAGCGUAGCGAGCUUCGUCUGGACCGCUCGGGUUCGGUUUGACCUCGUAAAGCAUUAAAGCUUAAACAGUACAGGUGUUCGGAACGUACCUGGACACGUUUGUAGUUUUAAAUCCGAACGGGAACAGUUCGUUUUCUGGGUCUGUUGGAGGGAAACGGCGCUGUUGGUGCUUGUGCAGCGAGAGGCCUGCCUGCAUCGGUUACUACACGACUUCCCGUCGCCAGAGGGUGGUGGGAUAGAGCCCGAUCUCGGCACUUUCGCAGAAGAGAAAUAACACUUAUUAUUGUUUUGCUUUUUAUUUAAAGGUUCCGUCAAAUAAUGCUAACGUAACUGCGAGUGGACGAAAGCGAGGCCCGUUAUUUUGACACGCUAACGGGUUUUUUACCUUUCGUUAACACAGUUAACACAGCAGGCAAGGCUCAUUUGGUAACGUAGCUCAUGGUGACCGUUGAACUUGCUGGUUAGAAAGACGUUGAAGUAACUUAAAGACUCGCCGCCACUCAUAACUAGACACAUUAGCGUUAUUCAGUUGACCUGUCAGUCAAAUAAUGCUAAUGGGGCAAGCGCAGUGACCGCUACUUUUACGACACUUUGACGUUAUGCUAACUGGAGAAUUCAGCAAUCGUUAUUAGAUCCAUGACCAAUAUUUCGUUUGUCAUGUUAGUAAAAUGCUAACGCGAAUGAAAGUGAGUCUUCCCUGCUGUCCUGACCCAGCGAACUAGCAUUUUACCGUUCGUUAUUAGCCACGUUGUCAUUGUUCACGUCACCAGUCAGUCAAGUAACGCUAACGUCGCUAGCUCAUUACUUCGAUGUCAUGCUAUCUGGCAAAUUCAGCGAUCGUUAUUAGCGACGUUAACGUUAUUUUGUUGACCUGUUGGUGAAAUGAUGCCGACGUAGUUACGAGUGAAUGAAACGAGCAUUACCUCCAUCUCGACACGCUAGCUGGCAUUUUUACCAUUCGUUUUUAGCCACAUUCGCAUUUUUCAGUUGACGCUAAUACGGCUUGGAGCGAAAGACGGAGCGAUGCGAACUGGCGUCUUAUCGUUUGCCGUUAUCCACGUUAGCAUUAUUCUGUUGCCGUGUUAGCAUGUGAUGCUAAUGAGGCUUGCAGUAAAUGAAAGCUAGUCACUUGGCAACGUAAGCAUUCGUGAUUAGCUACAUUAGCGUCACACGGUAGACCGAUCCGGCAAAUAACGCUAACGUGAUUGUAGCUGGUCUCACGUUGCCUCGACGUCGUGCCGUAUUAGCCAUGUCAGACUAUUGUGGCUCGCGGUGAAUCGAAGCCAGGCUUGCUGCUGUGACUUCAUGCUAACUGGCAACCUAAAACAUUCACCAUCAGCUGCGUUAGCGUCGUUCAGUCGACCAGCCAGUUAACUAAUGCUAAUGUGGCUAGCAGUGAAUGAGUUGGCGCUGCCCGGAUGAAAGCGCACGUCGGCCCACUGGCAUCCGAACGUUCGUUGCUGCCAGCGAGCGCGUUAUUUUGCAGGCGUGUCGGCCGUGUAAAUGCUAACGUGAUCCAUUUUUAGCCACGUUAGCGUCAAAUAAUGCUAAUGUGGCUACAGGUGAAUGAGCGCUGGUGCUUCUUCAGGCUAACUGGCAACUUCGGCGUUCGCUAUGAGCUACGUUGGCGUGCAGGCGACUCUUCCCUUUAUUUUGAAGAAACUUUUAAGUAGAUCUUUUGGAUCUUAUACCCAGUUGUCCUGAAAAGCCCCUGUUUGGAUGCGGCGUUUGUUCAGGAUCAGUUUCUUUGCUGGCCGUCUGACGGUUUGCACCCUACCUUCUGAAUCAUGUCUAACAUGUCAGCGAUGAACCGGAGUUGGGCCGGGGAGCUGGCCGCUACUCCACAGCCGGACUACCUAAAGGAUUCGUUCGGCGUGGUGCUGAUUCCACGCGCCUUUCAAACUGCUCUCGAUGCUCAACGCCGGACCCCACACUCCUUAAAUAAAUAAAUAUAAGGUUCUUUAGUAGAGACAGUGGGCCAUGGACGCCCGCGUGGCCAUUUGAAUGCUAAAACGGCUCUUUGCUAGGUGAAGUUGUUCUUCAGAUCGAUGGAAAUUGCAUGGUGUGUGGUUCUGUAUAGCACCGAAAAGGGUUCUUGUGUUGACAUCGUAACAAUAGAAGAGCCCUUUUUCUGUACAGAACCAUAUGCGACGCCCUCUCCGUCGAUCCGACGAACCAUAUUAGCAUUCAGACGCUCCUUCGAGGGGUUCGUGGUUCUACACAGAGGCGGUGCCUUUAUUAAAGAACCGUCUUUUUCAGAGUGUUUAUCAGCAGUGCCCUGAAGGUAGGGUUCUCUUUGGAACCGCAUGUGUGUUUAACGUUACGAGCAGGGCACGCUGAAUUAUGUUAUAGCUUGUGGCUUAAUGCGAGACCGCGUCUCAGUUUGGAGAAAAAUAUCCGUACUGUAAACAGUGUACUUCAGAGUCGAGACUGUGGGUUAUUUCAUGUAUGUUAUAGGAAAAAGUAAACUUGUAAAUUGCCUGUUUUCGGCAAAGACAAAAUGGUUUGUUGCACAUAUUACUGUUACAAAUGUACAAAUGAAUCAUAUUAAACAACGUUAAGGCAU